AUGGCAACCAAAGGUGAACUCGCGACUCACACCGUCAACACCUUUCCGCCGAGCCCGCCUCGAACUGUCGGCAACUCUCACGCCGGCAGCGACGACGAACAAGAGGAGGAACAAAAUACACCACCAACUCCUCCGGCAGAGAGGCUUGGCCAACUUCCGAAACCAUAUGCUCUCCCACCUCAAAACACUCCCACUCAAGUUCUCGCAGAAGACUUGAAAACGCCAGACCACCGUGUCAACCGCGAUCCUAGGCUGAUACGACUUACUGGUGUUCAUCCCUUCAAUGUCGAACCGCCCCUGACCGACUUAUACGACGAGGGGUUCCUGACCAGCGAAAACCUGCACUACGUCCGCAACCAUGGUUUAGUACCGCACUGCCCUGACGAUGAAUCCCUCGACUGGACCUUCACAGUCGAUGGGCUAGUGGAGAAACCAUUCACGAUUACUGUCCGCGAUCUCAUCGAGACAUAUGAUCAGUUUACAUACCCGGUCACUUUGGUAUGUGCUGGCAAUCGCCGAAAGGAACAAAAUGUGGUUCGCAAAUCCAAAGGCUUCUCCUGGGGGGCAGCUGGUCUCUCGACUGCUCUGUGGACCGGCGUCCCGAUCGCGACUCUUCUAAGAAUGGCCAAGCCCAAGAGAGCCGCGAAGUAUGUGUGCUUCGAAGGAGCUGACAAGCUGCCCAACGGGUACUACGGCACGUCUGUCAAGCUCAACUGGUGCCUCGACGAGAACAGAGGCAUCAUGGUUGCCCACAAGAUGAACGGCCAGCCUUUGCAUCCAGACCACGGCAAGCCUGUCCGCAUCAUCAUCCCGGGGCAGAUUGGUGGGCGAAGUGUCAAGUGGCUCAAGAAGAUCACCAUCACAUCGGAGCCCAGCGACAACUGGUACCACAUUUAUGAUAACCGCGUUCUUCCCACAACCAUAUCGCCGGAUGCGAGCGCAAACUUGCCAGACGUUUGGAAUGACGAAAGGUAUGCCAUCUACGACCUAAACGUCAACAGCGCCAUUUGCUAUCCCCGACACGACGAGAAGCUCCUCUUGGCCACUGAUCCAGAAACCUACAAGGUCAGAGGUUAUGCCUACGGCGGUGGCGGGAAGAGAAUUACUCGUGUCGAAGUCACAUUAAACAAGGGCAAAUCGUGGUUGCUGGCAGAUGUACACUACCCCGAAGAUGACUACCGUCGCGCCCCCGACGGCGACACACUAUACGGCGGCAGCACCGACAUGUGGUGGCGCGAGACGUCUUUUUGCUGGUGCUUCUGGGAAAUGUCUAUCCCGGUCGCUGACCUCGGCGCGGCCGACGACAUCAUGAUCCGCGCCAUGGACGAGGGCAUGAUGGUCCAGCCGCGCGAUAUGUACUGGAGCGUGCUCGGCAUGAUGAACAAUCCUUGGUUCCGGGUCGUGAUCCACAAGGAGCAGGGCUCUCUCCGCUUCGAACAUCCCACCCAGCCGGCUCUGAUGCCCGGCGGGUGGAUGGAACGUGUCAAGGCCGGCGGAGGCAACCUCACCAACGGCUUCUGGGGCGAGAAGACGACCAACGAGGAGGAGCAGGCGCCAAAGGAGCCGGAGAAGGAGAUUUGCAUGACCAACCCCAAGGUGGAUCGUGUGAUAACGCUGGAAGAGCUCAAGGCUCACGAGGGAGAGACGGAGCCCUGGUUUGUCGUCAAUGGGCAUGUAUAUGACGGCGCGCCAUACCUGAACGACCACCCAGGCGGCGCAACGUCCAUCAUCAACGCUGCUGCUCAAGACGCGACAGAAGAGUUCAUGACAAUUCACAGCGAAAAUGCCAAGGUCAUGAUGCCGCAGUAUCACAUCGGCGCCCUCGACGACGCCGCCCGCAAAGCCCUCCAGAGCGGCGGUGCCGACGACGACGCCGCCAGCGACCCAACACGCGCCAUAUUCCUACAGCCCAAGACCUGGAGCAAAGCCAUUCUCGCAUCGAAAACAGAUGUCUCCUCUGACAGCAAAAUCUUUUCGUUCCGUCUCGACCACGCCGACCAGUCCAUCGGCCUACCCACGGGGCAGCACCUGCUCCUGCGUCUACGCGACCCAGCCACGCGCGAAGCCAUCAUCCGGGCGUACACGCCUCUGUCAGAGACCAGCGCCAAGGGCCAGCUCGACAUACUCAUCAAGAUAUACAGGGACGCGCCAGGCGGCGGGGGCCCGCCCGGGGGCAAGAUGACGCAGGCGCUCGACUCCAUCCCCGUGGGCCACUUUGUCGACUUCAAAGGCCCCGUGGGCCGCUUCGAAUACCUCGGCCAGGGCCGGUGCGCAGUGGGCGGCGGCGCAACGAGACGUGUCCGCCGCUUCGUCAUGAUCUGCGCCGGCUCCGGCGUGACGCCCAUCUUUCAGGUGCUGCGUGCCGUGACGGGCGACGCCGAGGACGAGACGGAGUGCCUGGUCUUGGACGGGAAUCGAUGCGAGGAGGACAUUCUCUGCCGAGCGGAGUUGGACGCCAUGGUGACCAGAGCGCCAGGGAGGACUACGCUGCUGCACAAGCUCUCCCGGCCGAGCGUAUCAUGGCAGGGCUUACAAGGUCGUAUGGAUAAGGAGUAUCUCGAAGAGCGCAUCGGUGGUUUUAGAAAGUGUGAUGGUCAAGAAAUGGUUCUCGUGUGUGGCCCGGUGGCGCUCGAAGAAACUGUGCGCAGUGUACUGGGUGAAAUGGGCUGGAAACCUGAAGACUUGCUUUUCUUCUAA